GAGUACCACUUCGCUGAUUAUUCUUCUGGUAUCAGUGCUUGGCGUCAUCCUGCUAAUCAUUGGAAUCUCAAUUUGGUCGGUCACCAUAGCAACAUGGAUGACACUAGAAAACAACAUCACCAUGGCAACACAUGUUGAUACAGAUGAUGCAAGCUUUUUUGAAGGAUUCACGUAUCCACGACGGACGAGACCAUCGAUCGCUGAUCCAAAAAGAUAUAAACACGCUGCUGUGACGUCUGACGUGGCCGAAUGUUCUAAAGUUGGUAGAAAUAUAUUAAAGAGAGGGGGUAAUGCCGUUGAUGCUGCUAUAGCUACAACCUUUUGUAUGGGUGUUGUUAAACCCCAUUUCACAGGGCUUGGUGGUGGUUUGUUUAUGUUACUAAAGGACUCAGAAAGCGGCGUUGUAAAAGUGAUAGAUGCUAGAGAGACUGCACCGCUUCUAUCAAAUAAAACGAUGUUCGUUGGGAGGAUGGAGGAUUCAAAAAUAGGUCCAUUGUCUGUAGCAGUGCCAGGCCUUGUACGAGGACUAUGGAAAGCAUUUACAAAGUUUGGGUCGGGGCAAGUGACAUGGAUUGACCUCUUGACACCGUCCAUAAAACUGUGCAAAGAAGGCAUUGUCGUUACAGACGAAUUGGAAAAAGAUAUACGAUUGGCUGUUGAUGUGAUUCAAAAUGCUGGAAAGGAAUAUCGUACGGGAGCACCUUUCCAUAAUAAAGCUGAAGGAAGACUUUAUAAAGCAAGAGACAUAAUGUUUAGACCAAAAUAUGGAGCAGCUCUACAGCAAGUAGCUGCUGACCCAUUCAGCUUGGAUAAAACAAUUUCAAACGAAAUCCAGAUGAUGGGUGGAAUCAUAACAGAACAAGAUUUAAAAAGCUACACUGCCAUUGUAAAGGAUCCACUGGUGACACAGCUCCAAAAUGGAGAUCUCAGUGUGUAUGGUGUCCCUCCGCCAUCAAGUAGUGCCGUCCUGCAAUAUAUAUUGAAUAUUUUAGAUGGAUAUAACUUUGACAGCACUGGCUGCUCUAAAAAUGAGUUCGAACGUGACUCUAGAUCGGUUCCUUGCCACCACCGAAUCAUAGAGAGUUUUAAAUGGGCAUAUGCAAAACGAGCAAAAUUAGGUGAUGAAGAUUAUGUUGACCAAAAACAUAUUCUUCGAGAAAUGCUAUCACAGAGAACAGCCGCACAGACCAGAGCUAAAAUAUUCGAUGACCAGACCUUUAAUGUUUCUUACUAUGGAGAAACGUUUUAUGACAGACUCACUAAAGGAACUGCUCAUACUUCUGUAGUUGAUAAAAAUGGUGGCAUAGCAGCCUUCACAUCAUCUCUCAAUUUUAUAUUUGGUUCUGGUUUAGUGGGAAAUACGACUGGCAUUGUUUACAAUGACGAGAUGGACGACUUCUCUACUCCAUUGACAAAGAAUUUAUAUGGCUUUGUUGCAUCUCCUGCCAAUUUUAUUAAACCUGGAAAACGCCCAUUAUCAUCGAUGGCACCAAUACUUAUAAUGGAUUCUUCAACUAACAAAGUUAGGCUUGUGCUGGGUGGUACUGGCGGAUCCAGAAUACCUACAGCUACAGCAUAUGUGGCUGUCCGGUAUUUAUGGCUUGGUGAAGAUAUACAAACUGCCAUAUAUAACCCAAGGCUACACCACCAGCUUCUCCCGAACGAAAUCGUCCAGUAUGGUGAUUUCCCAAAAAAUAUUCUACGAGGUUUGUCCAGUAUUGGCCAUAGCAUUAAAUAUGCGUAUGAUUUCAUUGAUAUGGUACAAGGUAUAUCUGAGAUAAAUGGGACUUUAGAAGCAGCGUGUGAUUACAGAAGGAUUUGUGGAACGGAUGGAUAUUAA